CAAAAAAAUUAUUCGUUUCACAAAACUAUCACUCAUUCAGUAGUCAUGUGCGACAAUCAGAAAGGCCACACAUCGAAGUCCGCCCUGAAAUUGCGCGAUGGUUUCGUCAAAAAACCGGGCAAAAUUCACCAGGAAUCGAGUAUCACGUCGUGUUGCAAACCUGGAGGGAAAAGUGGAGCCGGUGCUGGUAUUACCGAUAACGUAAUAACAGGAAUUUUUGGUCAUCCAUUGAGACCAUUCGGAGAGAGACACGUCAAAGUUUUGAAACUGUACAAGAACAGCUUCAUUAGCUACAGCGUAGCUACUUUCCUGGCCACAAUCUACAUAUGUGAGUGGAAGGACGUGCUCCAAUACUUGCCUUUCUACGGUAGCAAAUACAAAGAAGACUGAAUU